GUUCUCUCCUCCAACUUUCUAAUCCAGCGCUCAUCAUUCCUCCUCAUUGUCACUUACUCCUCGCUUCUCUGUCUGCAGAGAGAUUUUCACGCUUAUAUACAUCGCAUACCCACUACUAUCUUAUUAGACAUUUAUCUUCUCCCAUCAAUUGAGACAACACCAACUCCAAUCCCUCAAUCGACCGCAACACCAUGAUCAAACAACUCGCCUCAAUCGGCCGCCUGGCCCAGCGCACCACCACCACCACCACCCAAGCUCGAACCCUGCCCGCCAUCACUCAACGCCACACCUUCCGCUCCAUCGCGCCUCUGCAAGCAACGCAUCAACAAAAAGGCGAAGAAAAAUCCGGCGACCGCACCGUCCUCGACCCGCAACGAUCCGAGACCUCCCAGACCGGCACGGACAGCGAAGUCGCCGGCCACGACGCGGCGUUUGAUCCGUCCAAUACCGCCCCGGAGAGUGAAGUCCAGGCGACGCAGGAGGAGUCUGCGCAGCAGGGCAAAGUGAGUAACCCUUUGGAUGUGAGUCCUGGGAACAAGGAUGUCAGUCAUGCGAGGCCGCCGACGGAGGGGGGCCCGGAUCAUAAUGCUGAGAAGGAGGGGCCGAGUGCGAGGGGGUGGACGAGGAAGAAUCGCGAGGUGAGGGAUUGGAAGAAGAAGGUUUGAGGGGAUGCAUUUAGAUAGAUGUUGUAUUUAAGUUGGAAUUGUAUUUCGUCAGAUGCCUGGUUGUUGGUGCUGAAUUAAUGUGAAGGUGUGGAUGUUUGUAAUAGAAG